AUGGCUGACACCUGCUGCACCAGGACAUAUGUGAUUGCUGCAUCCACCAUGUCUGUCUGCUCCAGUGACGUGGGCUGUGUCAGCCGAGUCUCCUCCCCCAGCACCUGUACCGGCUCCUCCUGGCAGGUGGACAAUUGCCAGGAGAGCUGCUGUGAGCCCCCCUGCUGUGUCCCCAGCUGCUGUACCCCUAGCUGCUGUGCCCCACCCCCCUGUCUGGCCCUGGUCUGUGCCCCAGUGAGCUGUGAGGCCAGCCCCUGCCAAUCAGGCUGCACCAGCUCCUGCACACCCUCAUGCUGCCAGCAGUCUAGCUGCCAGCCGGCUUGCUGCACCUCCUCCCCCUGCCAGCAGUCCUGCUGUGUGCCUGUCUGCUGCAAGUCCAUCUGCUGCAAGCCCGUGUGCCGUGUGUCCAUCUGCUGCAAGCCCGUGUGCUGUGUGUCCAUGUGCUCUGGAGCUUCCUCCCCAUGCUCCCAGCCAUCUAGCUGCCGGUCAGCUUGCUGCACCUCCUCCCCAUGCCAACAGGCCUGCUGUGUGCCCAUCUGCUGCAAGCCCAUCUACUGCGUGCCCGUCUGCUCAGAGUCUUCCUCUUCAUGUUGCCAGAAGACUAGAUGCCAGCCGGCUUGCUGCACCAUCUCCUGCUGCAGACCCUCCUCCUGCGUGUCCCUUCCCUGCCGCCCCGUGUGCAGGUCCACCUGCUGCAUGCCUGUCUCCUCCUGCUGUGCCCCUGCCUCCUCCUGCCAGCCCAGCUGCUGCCACCCAGCCUCCUGCGUGUCCCUCCUCUGCCACCCUGCAUGCUCCUGCCCAGCCUGCUGA